AUGGCGUCGUCAAUGAUUGUAGUCCCCCUUUACAAGAAAGUCUUAUUACCAGGCGUGGUAAUCAAGCUCAUAUUGCGUGGAAAGGAAGCAACACAGCUUGUUCGACGGCACUUUAGGACACAAAGCCAUGAUCGUAACAAGGUGCUACAUAUAGCAUGUAUCCCAUCAACAAAGGCACCAGCAGCCGAUGAAGCCAACAAUGGUAUUCUUGUUCCAAAGUCAAUACAUGGCCACUUGUAUCAACAUGGAUGUUCUGGACGUAUCCUACGUGUGCAACGAUUGGCGAAUGAAACGUAUGGCGUGUUUGUGGAAGGUGUAUCCCGGUUUAGAGUCAAAUUGUACCACCAUGACGCGAAGGAGCUGGAUGUGGAUAUGUAUACAUGCAACGUAGUGCACUAUGAUGAUGAUGAGCAACAACAAAAAAGCAGCAACAAAGGGGAUAAUGAGUUUCGAAAGCUCAUGUGUGCGUUUGUGGACAAGAUGAGAGCAUUGGAUAUCCCCGGUGAUCUCUUGCAGCAAAUGGUGGGAUGGAUGGACAACAAAUCAGAAGCAGUGAUAGCCGACAUGCUGGUGUGCAUGAUUGACACAUCCUUCGAAGAAAAGCUUCAAAUGUUGGCCACCGAAUCUAUCCCAGAGCGCAUGAAACUAGCACACACAUGGAUGACACGCCAAUUACACAUCCUGCAAAUUUCAGAGCAAAUACAUUCUACGGUGGAGGCGAAGAUGAGUCGGCAGCAGCGUGAAUUUUACUUGCGGCAGCAGCUUGAAGCGAUCCAAAGGGAGUUGAAGCCAAAGAGGAAUAUACCAACCCAUCAAGGGGAUGAGGAUGAGGAUGAUGAAGAAGAUAUGGCUCAACUACGACGUCGUCUUGUGGAAGCACAGCUACCUACAGAAGCCUUGCAAGUAGCACAACGUGAACUUAUUCGCCUACAACGACUACAACCUGCAUCAGCUGAAUGGGCAGUGGCGCGAAAUUAUCUCGAGCUGAUGGCAGAUUUACCAUGGUGUAAAAAGACAAGCGAGGUGUUGGAUAUUGCAAGUGCACGAAAGCAGCUGGAUGGUGACCAUUUUGGGCUUGAUCAGGUCAAAAGGCGCAUUAUUGAAUAUCUAUCAGUGGCCAAGGUCAAAGGGAAUCUCAAAUCACCUAUUCUUUGUUUUGUGGGACCCCCAGGUGUGGGGAAGACAUCCCUCGGUCGAUCUAUUGCCGCUGCCCUGAACCGAAAGUUUUACCGAGCAUCUUUAGGUGGUGUGAGAGAUGAAGCUGAUAUGAGAGGACAUCGCAGGACAUACGUAGCUGCCAUGCCUGGGUUGAUCAUUCAAGGCAUUCGACGAUGCGGGGUCAACAAUCCUGUUUACUUGUUAGAUGAAAUUGACAAGCUUGUGCACUCGAAAAUCCAUGGUGACCCAGCUGGUGCACUUUUGGAAAUCCUUGACCCUGAGCAAAACCACAACUUCAACGAUCAUUAUCUCAACGUCCCAUUUGAUUUAUCAACCGUACUUUUCAUUGCCACUGCCAACAGCCUUGAUACGAUUCCUGAAGCACUUCUUGAUCGCAUGGAAGUCAUCCGCUUACAUGGCUACUCCUUUGAUGAAAAGCUGCAUAUUGCAAAGUCGCACUUGUUACCCAAGCAAAUCAAAAGUCAUGGUUUACACAACACGCAAAUCCAAAUUUCAGACCAGCUAUUAAUGUGGAUCGCUGAACAUUAUACGCGAGAAAGUGGUGUACGAUCAUUGGAGCGUGCCGUGGCUGGUGUUAUCCGUGGCAAGUGUGUGGAGCUUGCUGAUCUUCGUGACAGUGAUAUGGAAUGUGCGUACGACCCAUAUAUCACAAAAGCUACUAUUGAACGGGCGCUUGGUCUGCCUUUGUAUGAGACCUCUAGUGAAGCAAAGCGUGACAUGAUGCCUGGUGUCGUUACUGGAAUCAGUGCCGAUGGUCCUAUUGUUGUGGAAGCGAUUCUCAUGCCUGGAAAAGGAAGGUUGUGCUUAACAGGAUCACUUGGCUCUAUCAUUAAAGAAUCGGCACACCUCGCAUUGACAUGGAUACGGUCCAAUUCAGACAUUCUCAAGAUAAAGGAAUUACAACAACGUCUCGAUCAUGAUAUUCACAUUCACGUGCCACAAGGUGCAGUGCCCAAGGAUGGUCCUAGUGCAGGCUUGGCUAUCUUGUGCGCACUUGUCUCAUUGUAUACCAACUAUAACAUCCAACCAACCACAGCAUUCAUUGGAGAGAUCUCAUUACGUGGGCAAGUGCUACCAGUACGACACACAAAGGAUCGAAUCUUAGCGGCACAUCGAGCUGGCUUACGUAAAGUCAUUCUUCCUUUUGCCAACCGAAAGAAUGUUAUGCAUCAAGUACCUGAGAAUAUCAGAGAUGACCUUGGAUUGGUUUACGUUAAGACUGUAUGGGAUGCAUUACAUGCUGCUGUACCCAAGCAAGAAUAUCGACCCCCUUUGGAGAGUCAUUUGUAG